AGCGCCGCCGGCACCAUGGGCUGCUGCUGCCGCCGCCUGCUCUUCCUCGCCCUCCUCCUCCUCCUCCCGGCAGGACUGGGCCAUGGCUCCCCAGAGUCACCCCUCAUCCCCAUCCGCCCCCCCUUGCUCUGGGGGGGUGUCCCAGCGAAGCCGGACCCCAGGGAUGUCCCCACGCCGGCUCCAGGCCAGCCCGAGCUGCCCUCCUCCGGAGACAGGACACCCUCCAGGCCCCUGCAGGGGCACGGCCACAACGCCAGCAGCCCGGCGGCAGCAGCGUCCCCCGCCCCUGUCCCCGUGAGCCCCACAGCAGAGGGUCCCUGGCUGCCGCCCGCCCCGGCUCCCCGGACAGCGCACGCCGCCAGCCCGGCAGGAAGCACCACGGGUGAGGGGGCAGCCGCCAGCCCCCCAGCCCCGGCUGUGCCACCGGCCCCCUCCUCCCGUGCCAGCAGCCACAGCAGCCAGCCCACCUGGGCCCCCGGCACGGGCCUGGCCCCCACGCCCGGCCUCGUCAGCCCGGCCGCCACCCGGCCGCCGCUGCUGCCCAAGGAUGUCCCCUCCCUGGGGACACCGGCCGUGGCAUCCAGCCUGGCCGUGGAGCCGACGUCCCCCCCAGUGACUGUGCCGAGCCCCACGGAGGCCGAGGCCACGGCCUGGCAGGAAAGCACGGGGGUGACCGUGGAGGAGGUGCCGCGCGCCCUGAGCGCAGGGAGCAUCGUGGCCAUAACCGUGACGGUCAUCGUGGUGGUGGUGCUGGUGUUCGGGGCAGCCGCCUACCUCAAGAUCAGGCACUCCUCCUACGGAAGGCUUCUGGACGACCACGACUACGGCUCCUGGGGCAACUACAACAACCCUCUCUACGAUGAUUCCUAGCAGGGAUGGAGCCAAAAACCCCAAAAACCCUUAAUUUAUAAGCGCUUCUGCAGCAGAGCAUCCGCUGUCGAGGAGAUGCCGGGCACGGAGCCCCUGCCUCAGGCAGGAUUCCCACGGGUCUGGUGGAUGGCAGGAACUGGAGGGCAGCGCUGACAAUAAACCUGAAUUUUGGCCUUUGAGCAGGAAACCAGGUCCUGGGGCAGGUCAGCCACUUGUUGUAGACAAGGGAAGCCAAAUUCCCCAGGGGGAAAGGCUGGGGAGGGCAAGGGAGAGGAUGGAGGUUCAGCCAGGGCUGUGGCAUCCUCUGAAAUGCUGCUGCUCUGAGAUCUGGGGGGGAGUGGGGGGCUGCUGAGCCAGAGCCAGCAGUGUGCCGGGGUCUCCUGUGCUUUCACAUGUCCCUUUCCCUGAAAUCACUUCCCUGUGUUGCCCUGCUACGAAAUCCUUUGCCUUGUCUCCUCAGGAACCAUGAACAGCUACGGGGCUGCUCAGUCACUGCUCCCUUUCUUUUCCUGCAGGUGCUUCCAUGCACAAGUUCCUAAUUUAAUUUUUUUCCAUUUAAUUGUGGGGGUUUUGGUCCCAAAAAGCAGCCCAGGAACCCACGGGAAGAUGCACUGACCAUCCAUUUCGCACACGUGGCUGCUUGCUCCACAGCUUUGUUUCCAUUCCUCAAAAAAACUUGGCUGCUAAAAUACAGCGGAGUGUUCUUUUCAUCC